AUGUUCGACGGAGCAAGGACUUCGCAGAGAGCGGGUUACCCGCCGCGACAGUGCUACCCGCCAGCCGAGACGCGCGCUGAAUCCACGAGCUACAACUACAAGCAGAGCGGCAAUGCCGAUGCGGCAGGAGAGCCGUUGAAAGAAGCCACAGAGGCUGUAUUACGGUCCCGCGCGCAAGAGGUUCUGUCGGAGCGCCACGAGCUGGUGCAGCAGCUAUCGUCGUUCCGCGUAACGGCGGCGUACCGGCAGAAGCGCGUGGAAGCGACCGUGAAAGAAGCGGAUGUGCUUAAAACGAAAUUGGCGGGAGGGGAGAAGCGGCUGGAGAGGGUUCGCGCGCAGCUUGACGCCACGCGCAUCGCUCGAGACGCCGCGGCGCGGGAACUCGCGGUCCUUCGGCGGAUCGCGCCCGCAACUUCGGAUGCCACUAGCAGUGACGAGGAGUACAGCGAGGAGAGCGAUGCGGCGUCGGAUUCGGAGAGUGACUCCACGUCGGAUAGGGGAGCCAGGUCGGGGGGAAGAGGCGGAAUGCGCGGAGGGGCGGCGAAGUUGGCGGGGGAUGCGGCGUGGCGGAGGACGGAGCUGCGGAACGUGCUGCAGGAAAUGGCGCAAGCGCUGGAGAAGACCGAGAAGAGAGCGCGAAGCGCGUUGGCGAGAACGAUGCAGUUAGAAGGCUUGCUGGAGGACAGAAAGGAGGAGCUGGCGGAGGUGCGGAGCGAGCUGCGCACGGCGGAGGGGGAGCGGAACAUGCUGGCGGACGAGCUGCAGGAAGCCUUCAACUCAUGGGCGCAGCCGCGCGCGCCCGCAGGCAACGCAAUGAGGAUGUCAGGUGUGGCCUCCGCGCCGCUGCUGCUACAGCAGCUACAGGCGCAGCGCGCUACAGAUAAACACGGGCUUGGAACGUGGAUGGAUGAGGGAAGGGGUGGUGGGGAUUUCAUGGGGAAAGGGAGGAGCAGAGAAACGGGUCGGAUCAGCAGAAGCACGAGCAAGGAGGAGCUGGGGGCGCGGAUGCGAGCACGGGGCCGAGCGGAGAGGCGAAAAGUGCAAGGGGGAUGA